GCCGCCACAGAGGGUGAGUCUCAGUCAGCACUCGGUCAGCCUGUCGCACGGCUGAAUCUCGAAAUCCUUGUGCACGAUCAUUUCGUACGCUGAUCCGCUCGCGCGCGCGCGCGCUCUCUCUCUCUCUACGCUAGCAAGGAUGACCAAGUAGCAGUGGUGCGUGUAGGCUGAGACAACGUUUCGUUUCCGAGAAGCUGAAGGAAAGGAUAAAAGAGCAGAGAGCGCGACGAGAGAAAAACGCAGGAUCUGUCCCCUCGUUUUUUCCGAUCGGUUGCGAAUCCCGUUUUUGUCCGAACAAGGCGAAAACGUGUCCGAGACGCAUUUCCCAAACGCGUACCGCAACCGGUCAGCGCGUGUGCACCCGACCGCGAUCGAUCCUCGAGGCGAUACGAUCCAGAAACGCGAUGGACGGAACCACCCUGCUUAGCCACCGCAGAUAACACCGACCGAAAGGAUCGGACACGUUCCUUGGGAUAUUCUCAUCGUUUCUUAGAGGCAGUCCGUACGUACGAUUCGCGCGAUUCGUAUCGCUGGUUCGAUUCGUUUGGCUUGAUUUUCGUCUACCGGGAACGUCCACAGCAGGAGAGGGAGGAACGUAAGGCCACGGUCCCGAAAUCGAGCGAGGAGGAUGUGACCGUGGAUUGCUCUUGAACUACGUCCCUCUGUCUAAGGUAUGUCCUCCUCCGCGGGCACCAGCUGCACCGACGCCGAGGAGGACGCCGAGGAUGUGGAGAACGACGUGGCAGGUAGCGCGCAGUCGUCUAAUUACUUGCCGUCGGGUUCCCGUGAUAGCGCGCGCGAUCACCUGGAAGGACUGCGGUUAGAUGGGUCAUCGAUUGCGCGUCCACCAGCCGAGGACACUUCCGCGAGACCAUCGACAGAACCGUGGUCGGUGCCUCGAUACAUCCGGAUCGCCGUCCUCCUCUGUCGUCCACCAGUCGCACCAUUGGUUGCCGCGCGCCUCUUCGUCGACGAGGACGAUCCACGGACAUCCGCCGGCGCCAUUGCCACUCGUCGAAUCCGCGGAGCUGGGAAACACGCCGAGCUGGAGAAGCUGCCUGAACGCUGCUCGCUGGACCGACGGAGGAGCUUUCGCGUUCAGGUGACGACAGAGAUCUCUAGGUCGAUCCCCGGCAGAUCCUGAAAUCCUCCGAGAUUUGUUUCCCGGACAAUUCGCGAUUUCAUUUCCUCUUUCUUCGUAUUCUUUUCUUUAUUCGUCGAGCAUUCGGUGCGAUGAUCAUGGAGAGAAAAACUGGAUGUUGCAAUAGAGAAUUGUAAAACGGCUGUCGGUCUGGCUGUUUUUCAUUCGCGAUACGUUAGAGAGAGACUCGGUGACAAUAAGACGCAUAAACUAAGCGGGACAAUUUGAUCAGUGAUUGUGCAUUUAGUGAAGGCGGAUACAAACGUCGACGAAGAUCGCGUUCGCUUGGACCGGUUCCAGCCGGUGGAACGGGCAAUUGAAACCGCCGACAGGUGAUUCAGACGGUACCACAAUGGUGAACUACCCCCGCAUCAUGACAUUCAGUUAGUGAUACGUGCUUCGUUGUUGCGCGUGUGCAUCCGAAUAGAAAAAAAAAAAAACGAGAAAGAGAGAGUGCAAGAGAGAAAAAUAGGGCGAGAGUGAGAGAGAGAGAGAAAGAGUGAAAGAUGAAAGUGGAUUGGACAUGCGGCGCGGAAGGCAGCGCGUGACCGUCGUAACCAGAGGCUGGACGAAGUCCUGAUAGUCGUAACGACCAGGAUUACGGAUCAUCCAAGAAAGGAAGGAUGCCAGGGGGGCGCAGGGGCUUGGUCGCCCCGCAAAACACAUUCCUCGAGAACAUCAUACGAAGGAGUAGCAGUCAACCUGACAGCAGUUUUCUCCUGGCGAACGCUCAAAUCGUCGACUUCCCUAUUGUCUACUGCAACGAAAGCUUUUGCAAAAUCUCUGGCUAUAAUCGUGCCGAGGUUAUGCAAAAGUCCUGCCGCUGCGGAUUCAUGUAUGGGGAGUUGACGGACAAAGAGACGAUCGCCAGGAUCGAGGAAUGCCUCGAGGGCCAGAUCCACGAUCAAUUCGAGAUCCUGCUGUACAAGAAGAACAGUGCCCCACGAGGUAUGUCUAACACAGGUUCGCAAAAGAGUGCUCGAAAAAUCCACCACUUGAGCAAGAGACGACACACUUACAAGGAUCGUCGAACGAUCCCGGGACCAAAGGGUGGCCAUAAUGAGAUGACGCUAUUCGACCUCGCGCCUACUCUUGAUUUCAAAACACCACUAUGGCUGCUUCUGCAAAUAGCGCCGAUAAAAAACGAACGGGACCUGGUGGUCCUGUUCCUGUUGACCUUCCGGGACAUCACUGCCCUGAAGCAGCCAAUCGAGACGGACGACACCAAGGGUGGCCUCUCGAAGUUCGCGAAGCUCGCAAGAUCGGUCACCAGGUCCAGAUCUGUCCUCGUGUCACAGUUCAGCUCCCAUCUGCCAGCCCUAAAGGAUACCGCGUUGCCAACCACCACGAAACAAUCGCACUUAGCUCAUAUGAUGUCGUUAAGCGGCGACGUGAUGCCGCAGUACAGACAGGAGGCGCCGAAGACACCGCCGCACAUUUUGUUACAUUACUGCGCGUUCAAGGCGAUCUGGGACUGGGUCAUUUUGUGCUUGACCUUUUACACGGCCAUCAUGGUGCCCUACAACGUCGCGUUCAAAAACAAGACCAGCGAGGACGUUUCCCUGCUGGUCGUCGACAGCAUCAUCGACAUCAUAUUCUCCAUUGACAUGAUCCUCAACUUUCAUACCACGUUCGUUGGCCCCGGUGGCGAGGUGGUGUCCGACCCCAAGGUAAUCAGAAUGAACUACCUGAAAUCGUGGUUUAUAAUCGAUCUGCUGAGCUGCCUGCCGUACGAUGUGUUCAACGCGUUCCAUCACGACGAGGACGGGAUCGGGAGCUUGUUCUCGGCCCUGAAAGUGGUCCGUCUCCUCCGGCUGGGUCGCGUUGUUCGGAAACUAGACCGGUAUCUGGAGUAUGGAGCCGCGAUGCUCAUUCUACUGCUCUGUUUCUACAUGUUGGUUGCUCACUGGCUGGCCUGUGUCUGGUACGUCACUUUAAGGUACUCGAUAGGGAGAUCGGACGCGGAGAAUGGAGUCCAAUACUCCUGGCUGUGGAAAUUGGCGAACGUCACCCAGUCGCCGUAUAGUUAUCUGUGGACCAAUACCAGCACUGCGCCAGAAUUGAUUGCGGGACCUAGUCGGAGGACCAUGUAUGUCACCGCGUUGUACUUUACGAUGACCUGCAUGACCUCCGUAGGGUUUGGUAACGUCGCUGCCGAGACCGACAACGAGAAGAUAUUCACCAUCUGUAUGAUGAUCAUUGCCGCUCUGCUGUAUGCCACGAUCUUCGGUCACGUGACCACGAUAAUUCAGCAGAUGACAUCGGCGACGGCCAAGUACCACGACAUGCUGAACAACGUGAGAGAGUUCAUGAAGUUGCACGAGGUGCCGAAGGCACUCAGCGAGCGCGUGAUGGACUACGUGGUGAGCACCUGGGCGAUGACCAAAGGCCUAGACACCGACAAGGUACUCAACUACUGCCCCAAGGACAUGAAAGCCGACAUCUGCGUUCACCUGAACCGGAAAGUUUUCAACGAACAUCCCGCGUUCAGAUUGGCCUCCGACGGUUGCCUCCGUGCCCUAGCGAUGCACUUCACGAUGUCUCACAGCGCGCCAGGUGAUCUUCUCUAUCACACGGGCGAGUCGAUCGAUUCGCUGUGCUUCAUCGUGACCGGGAGUUUGGAGGUGAUCCAGGACGACGAAGUCGUGGCGAUCCUCGGGAAGGGCGACGUGUUUGGCGACAGUUUCUGGACGAAUCCUACGUCGGUCGGACAAAGCGCUGCGAACGUUCGGGCUCUUACCUACUGCGAUUUGCACACGAUCAAGAGAGAUCGAUUGCUGGAGGUGUUGGAUUUUUAUCAGGCCUUCGCAAACUCCUUCGCCAGGAAUCUUGUCCUGACGUACAACUUAAGCCAUCGGCUGAUCUUCCGGAAGGUGGCCGAUGUUCGUCGGGAGAAGGAAUUGGCGGAGAGGAUGAAGAACGAGCCGCAGUUGGACCAGGCGCAGGAUCACCUAGUGCGGAAAAUUUUCUCGAGGUUCAAGACCGACGGGGAUGCCCAGAUCGGCGUGAGCAGGGCCGCGAACGGACGGUCCCAGCAGGAUUCCGACGAGGAGCUCACCGUGAACGUCCUGCCGCCCUGGCCCAGUUUUAGGUUCCGCAGGGAACGGCAUACUGCGGACGUGGAGAAGGGCGAUGGUAAGGAUGGGAAAGAGAGCAAGGAGGGUGAAUCCUCGCAUGCUAGGAAACUCUCAACCGCGGAUGGGGACACUGCCACUAAGGGACGGGCCGGGAAGUGGGGACGACUCUUAGGAAGCUCCAGCCUGGACUCAGGAAGCGAUACAGGAACAGGCGGAGACACGUUCAAACGUUCUCUGAGCGCGAGGGACGCUCGACCCGGUUCCAGCACCGGUAUCAAUAAAAUAUUCCCCAAAUUCGGGAAAUUGUCUGGGACGAUAGAGGAGUCGACGGCGGACGCAGAGGCUGCGAAGGAAAGUCAGCAGCAGCAGCAGCAGCAACAACAGCAACAACAGCAGCAGCAGAGUAUCGUGGAUUCGAAGCAGUUACAGCUUCGUCGACUGGAGAGCUACGAUGACGGUUUGAUAUCCACUCAUUCUAGCCAUGAUCGCGAGAUUCUGGCUGCUGUGUUGGAGGUGAAAGUGGACUUGAAAUUAGAGGUGCAAAGGGUGAAUCAGAGACUUGCAAAGAUCGAGGACAUGCUGCAGUCGUUGGUGAACAAACUUCCCGCGAUCAGUCCGCAACAGCAGAAGGGUCCGAAUGGUUCGAUGACGGGUGGUAAUGGUGGUUCCUCACAGAAUCAACCGAGCGCUCAAUCACAAAGUGGAUGUCAGCAAAGUUCCCAGGGUAUGCAAACUUCGAGUGGGAGCGAACAGAAAGUGUCCAUCGCGACCACGUCCACGUCGACGACGAGCGAGGGAUACAGGGAGCAGAGCACGAUAACCGAACGCGGCUCGAAGUCGCAAGAACAUCAUCAUCAUCACCAUCACCAUCAUCAAUCGCAACAGUCGGAUAGACUGAAGGACAGUAGUGAUUACAAAACUUCGUCGAGUCAGAUGAGCAAGGAGUUGUUGGAGAGACUGGCUCAGGCGUCCACUUCCAGGGGAGACGACUCCGCGCCGCUCGGGCCGUUGAUUUUGAGGAAGAGGAGGAGUAAAUCGAGGAACAAGGGAGCCGCGCCGUUGGCACCGCUGGCCAGUCAGCCGAUAAGUCCGUCGGAGGCGACGGAGACGACGCAGAUGCUCGAGUGCACGGACGACAGGGAACUGAGCCUCACCACCACCUCUACGGAAAGGAGCGACAGAUCCAACAGGAAGAGACCUCCGCCCAGGCCCAGGGAGUACUUGUGAAAGUUCUUAAGGUUCCGGGCGGUCGUCUCGAGGCUCAUCCUCUGACGAGAAUUGCUGGGACCAACCGGCGUUAUCUCUGAUCAAGUUUGCUUCUCUCCGAGCAAAGGAGAUCUCUUUACCCUGGUAUGAAGGGUGGAGUGGGAUCGUCAAAGCUGUUGAUCCGGUCGAAGUGGUGGUGAAACGGGGGAAGUUGCGUGUGAUAUAGUCAUGUGUCUUUCGAAGAGAAGAAAGUCGAAUUGUGCUUUUUUAACGAAAAUAUAAAAAGUGGUCGUUUUAGCGAACACUCCGUUUUCCAACGAAGCGAGCCGAGUGUGUAGGCGUAAAAAAAGAUAUCUGUAAAGUUACACCUGCGUAAGUUUUAAGAGCACACUACAUUUCCGCUACUCGCUUCGCGUCUGGUCUUCGGCGAGCUUCGUCGGUGUCGGUACACGCGAAGGACGAAUGCGAGGCAAGAAAAAGGGAAAGCGAAAGGGAUAACGGAUUUGGAAGAAAGGUAAGGACGUUUGUACCGACGAAACGGUUUCGUUACCGUAAUACAACUUGGCAUAUUUUUGCAUGGCCAAACGUGCGGUUCAAAAAAUAAAUAAAAAAUGAAAAGAAAAAAUACUAAAAGUAUAUUGAAUUAUAUACUGCUUACACUGGUCUCUAUAGAACACUGGAUAGUAGAUUGGCAUAGUUGGCUCGUUACGAAUAUGGUCCCAACUGAAACUAUAAUUGCGGCCGCUCAUUUUUCUCACACACAUCGAUAGUGCGCUAAUUCAUAUUUGCUGUCCUUUCCAUUACGCAUAACUCGUGAGAAACGAGGUACUUCACACACACAUCAUUCCACCACUGUACCAGUGUUAAUACUUUACCGCUCUCGCAAUUAGGAUAAGUUCGAUCGCGAGUUCCGUUACUCCGACACAGUAGACCGAAGAGAAAAGAAGAUAAAAGUUUAUCGAUCCGUAACAUCGCAAAAGAUAACUGUAGACGAUUGAAAUUUGCAAUAUCUGAAGCGGAGAAGCCUCCUUUUUAAAAUUCCGUUUGAUUCAUCUCCAUCCGACUUCCGGUUCCGGAAAUAUCGUCGUGUGAAGAUAAACAUAAUUUCUUCGGCGCACUAUUGUCGUCCCUCUCACACAUCGACCGACUCAGCGGUCUAGACGCUCAGCUGAUACGCAUCUUUUCCAGCAAAUAACUGGGUCACUAUGUCAGUAAUACCAAACCUUACCAAACGCUGCGCCUAAAAAAUUUGGAAGCCUAUAUCUCCGGAACGGAUUAAGAUAUCGGGAUGAAUCGAAAUUGAUUUUCUUCGUCCUGUCUUCCUUUAUGAACUAAAAAGGUUUUCAAUCAAAAACUCAAUAUUCUUGUAUGAAUAAAUUUACGUUUUUAUUAAUAUAUAUAAUUUAGAAUAUAAAUAACACUAAAACUACCAAUCAGUAGUGACAGCAUAAUUGUUUCUGCCUCAUUUAUUUGGAUGAUCUAAUUGUAAGAAGAGAUAAUUUCCAAUUUCGUGUUCCCAUCCUCAAGAUUGGUCAUUUGGUUAAAUAUAAUACGCGUGAAAUAAAAAUGCCGUGAUUAUUUAGAUUCGAAAGACUUUUAAAACCGAUUUUAAUGAGACAGUUAAUAGAAAAAGGAAUGGAGUUAUUUUACCAGAAAAACGCCUAAAAGACCUCAAUAGCUGCAGAUAUUUCAAUUAGGGCCAUUAUCAUUAGUACACAUCCACUAUGCAGUGUUCUAUAGAGAUCAGUGAUUGCUUACGACGGCUUCUUCGAGACAUCGAACGUUCAAAUGGAAAGAAUGAAAACUAAAUUCACAAUACUCACUUUCCAAAUACGUAAGAUAACAUACACACAAACACAUACAUACACAGACACAUUGUAGGUUUACACGCAUCUUUAGGGGAUCUCAGCUAGACUCGUAACGGCGCGAUAGAUUUUAAAUAACAACAAACGAAACUUACCAAACAAAAUACAAAAUAAUGUACAAAACUGAAACGGGCGUGGGAACGAGCGAAGAUAAAAGAACAGGGAGUGUCGUCCUAACGAUUAAAGAAUCGCCGCGUACAUUCUUAACUAAUCCUAACGAAUAAAGGAUAUUAAUAAGUAUUCCGAUUGUCCGAUAAACAACGAUACGCGAUCCUUUAACUGUUCGGUACAAUCGAAAUGCCAGGGACCGAUUGAAAAUGAAAAAGCGAGGGGUUUAGUCCUCGCAUAAUGACUUAAGGCGAAGUUGACCAAAUCGAGUUGCAUCGUCGAAUCUUUUACGGUUAAUUGUUUCACUGUCUGUGUAUCGUAGAGCCGCGUUUCUUUUUCAGAAUUCACUUUUUCAACGAUCUAGUGUACGUUUAAGUGCAAGUGGGUGCAGGACUGUGAUCGGUCCGUGUAAGGUAAAAAAAAAACUCUUCGUUCUAGAAGACGGAGGGAAAAGAACUUUAGGCUUCUGCCGAGAAUUCUGCAUUUGGCUGUGCUUGUUUUAUCAGAUUUCAGAUUAAACUAUUUUUUUUACUUUUAGUUUUACUUCCCUAAAUUAAAUUUACCAGCUGUUAAAGAUGACUAAAAGUUGAAUUAAUCACUCGUUGUUCGUGAAUCGAAGUAUUCGCUGUUCUGUUAUAAGUUCCUUUAUAGAUAUAUUUUUAUUUAUUCGAGAUUAUGUUGUAACGAUGUAAUUCGAUCAUCUCUCCAAGGGUAAAGUUAAAGAGAAAUGUUUUUCGACCGAAUUAAAAAAUUCGCUUGCAUCUUCGAUAAUUUCGCGUUAAACGCGAAUCGUAGAGAGGAACUCGAAGACUCCGUAUACACUUUGUUACAAAUCGCAGAAGAUGACCUAAUCUCUGUAACGCGGUUCGCAUGGCAUUCACUGAGAAGCCAAACAGCAAUAUUAGGUGUACAUAAAUCUUGUAACUACGACAAUGUGUAUAUAUAUUAUAUAUUCGUACAUACACACAGACACACAGUAUACAUAGAGAGAGAGAGAGAGAGAGAGAGAGAGAGAGAGAGAGAGAGAGAGUGAUGAAACGGCACGUGUGUUCUUGUCAGCGCGUUUGCAACGAGAAAACGUUCAAUAAUAAACAAUUAACAAAGCGCGCCUGAUUAUUUUUUCUUUUCAAGCGUAAUUCUUUCUCGGCUUCCGGCGCAGCUUCCGUACCGAACGAACAUUUUUACAGUAACUGCAGGUAAUAAAGAAAUACGCCAGUUAAAUGAUCCCGUGAGUAACACCGUUUAAAAAGAAUACCUCGCGAUUCAUAUUGACACUAGCUUCCGUCUAUUGGCUGACGUUAUCGACACUUUCCUCUGUCGCAUGGAUAUUGCUUGCGGGAUCGCGUAACAAGCGCGUCGUACUUAAUUCUGUUGCUGCCGCCUCGAGAAAGAAAAUUGAGUAACAAAAUAUUCUGAAGGACAAUCAAAGAUGGAAAGUACUGAUCUCACGAGUAGAGAGAAUUGCGAUCAUAAUCGACUAAGCCUCUUAGAUAUAUAUUUCGUUAGCUUAAGCCAAGAAGUAGGACGCAAAUGAAGGAGCUUGUGAAAAUUCUUAAUAAGUAUCAUUUUUUACGCCACGAGUAUAGAACGUCGACGAGAGGGAAUAAGUGUCCUCUCCGCGGACCGAGGCAAACUUAACGGACAAACCGAAACGAUUGUAAACGCGUAUUAUACGAUAAGCCAAGCUCGCUGUAAAUUUAUCAAGUAUCGUGCAUUGAUAGUCUACCUAAACAUAAACUCGACUGAACGUUGCUCUACAGUCUACAGGAACGGAACCGCGACGGGUUCCAAUGAUAUAAUUGAAGAAACGAAGGGAACACGGGCGGACGCGCUGGCAGGGAUAUUUCACGCGUGUAAAUAUUAUAAAUAGGAGCGAACACGAGAAUCGAGAAGAGUGCGAGAGUGCGUGUGUGUGUGCGUGUGCAGAAGAAGGACGAAGAGCGCGAGUACAAGGAGAGAAGCAGAAAUUGGUGGUUCUUACUCGAUAAUAUUCGAGCCCGUUGCACAGUCGAGUGGAGCUGCGAUUCGGCGUUUCUUUUAAAAUUAAAUGAAUAGUCCGCGAGUCGAAUGGAGAAAUGUUUUUAAUCGGGCUACUGCGGUUGAGCUAACACUACCACUCGUCCAUUAAGGAUUCCACUCGACUAUGGUCAACGGGCUUUAACGAGGUAAUAUAAGAACAAGACGAACAAAAAUUAUAUUGUCGGAGGAUUUACGAGGACUUUGUUGAAUAAUUAGGUCUUAGUGGUGGAGACGAUAUAGUUGGCUCUAUCGUAGUUUCUAUACACUUUGACAAAAAAUAAUAAUAAUAAUAAUAAUAAUAAUAAUAAUAAUAAUAAUAAUAAUAAUAAUGCGAACGCGAAAGUUUAAACAUGCCAUUGAGACCUUUCUAUCAGUUGACGCGCGUCGAUUAAAAAUUAAAGAAUCGACUACGGUGCGCCUUACCCCUUUUUCGACGCUGCAUAUCCGGUCGAUUAAUCUGCGAUUCCGACUCCGCUAUCUUUUAUACGCUCCAAGCAGUCAUAAGUACGUUCUUUCUCGCUUAAAAAUAUAUUCGAUAACCGAACGAAAUUUUUAUUCCCGUGUCACGAUACCGGCACCAGCGUGGGCAGUCUCGCAUUUCGUAGCGAUCUCCGAAUCGCAGAGCGAUCCGCUUCGGGCGGGGGAAAAAUUGCCGAUUUCAAGAAAGGAGAUAUGAUAAACAUGUGAUAUUACGAUUUUUUAUAUAUCAGCUACUUUGCAAUAAAGGGAUUAUCGCUGUGCGGAGAGAGUCGCGACACGGUCGUCGUCGUCGAACCGUUUUCGUUUAUUUCCAAACCAGUUCGUUUGUUUCUUAAUCCUGGCGUUAAGGAAAAACGAGACGAUCGAACGAAAGUGCAUUUAAAUCUGUAAUUAAAUCUUGUUUCGUUUCAUGGUGUUGAAGAGAAGAAACAGAUGUUGCACGCGCGACGGCGACGACGAUGAUAAUAGCGACGAUCGAAGAAGCCGUGAUUGUAUCGAAUUUUUUGUGAAAAAAAAAAAGAACGAUUGAGAGAGUCUAUACAGAAUAUAUAGCUAUCCGGCGGAAUAACAAAGAAAUAAAGAAAAAAUAUAUAUUAUCAUUAUUAUGAUUAUAUACUAUUAGGACAAAAAAGGGAUGGGGGGUAAAGAAAAUUUUUGCUAUAACUAACACUUCGUCCAUUUUUCUAUAUGGGCAACUCGUUGCACUGUAAUCAAGUCCUCGGCCUUGUAAAUUCUAUCCUUGUCAUUUCUGGUAAACUGCUUGAUGAUCGAACGUCACGCAGGAUCGAUCGAUCGUUUCCACUGCACCACUCACCGUUCCUUUCUGCUGAAUCAUUUUAUUUUUCCGAGAUGAGUCGACGAGAACAGAUUUUAUCGCGCAGACGAAUGAACAAAAGUCAGGUCGAUCGAUCUUCGUGGCGAUGGGAAAUCGACGGUAGCCAAGUCGUUUGCGAACUCUCGUAAAAAAAAAUUCGACCUCGACGAGAGAUAAUGAAACGCGACGAACGAAUGGUCCUACGCGCGCGUUCUUCUAUGAUUGUUACAUGUUUUCAGUUAGAGCGAUCGUCGACGAUCGAAAACAUAUCUCCUUGAGUAGAUCUCGAUCGACAGAAAAGAGAACCUCAGCUUCGACCGUGAUCGUUCUUCGAUUUCAAUCGUUAUCCGUUCUGUGAAAUAACUUUGAAACCUUGCCUCGAACUCGUCGAACAAUUCUGUAAAUAUCGAAUCUUGUACGGCAGAUUUCAAUUGUCAAAGUAGUUUAAAAGGAUUUCAAUAACUUGCGAGAGUAGCUUAAAAUGUCCAUCCGAUUUCUGGUCAAAGGUUUCAAAGUUAUCUGCGUGCGUAUGCUUUUUCAAUCUGAGGAUGACGUAAAUUCGGUAACGACAGACGAUUUAAUGGACUUUUCGAACGAGCAUCGAUUUAGGCAAGCAAUGGAAUCGAAGCGUCGAUGCUGAGGCUACGUUUCGGGGAUCUGAAAGCUUCGUUUCGUUUCGUUUCAUACACGGGUGUGCACACCGUAAAAAGUAAAACCGUCUAGCUUCGAAUCUUCCGCGGUGUUGCGUUCGCCUAGUCUUCCCAAUUUUGUUUCUUCGCGGAGCGUGGAACCUUCGAACGGGUCGAUCAAGGAGUCGAGAAUUUAUGAAUUUUCGUCGUCGUCGCCAACGACCGCUCGAAAGAGAAACCAUUAAGAACGAAUGGGACAUAGAAUAAGUGAUGAUAAAAUCGUAUCGUCGAGAGAUCAAAUUGUAGCAUCGAACGAAGCCUGGCUAGAAUACUCAAAAGAAAGCUGCUUUCGAACUUAUAAUAAAAAAAGAUUCAAACUUAAA